GUGUCAUCUCAUCAUCAUCAUCAUCAUCUCUCUCUCUCUCUCUCUCUCUCUCUCUCUCUCUCUCUCUCUCUCUCUCUCUCUCUCUCUCCGUCUUAAGUUCUCAUAAUUCUCUCUCUAGAACUGGUGAUUGAUUAACAAUUACCAACAGUAUUUUUCUUUCCCGGCCCCAAAAAUGGGGAUAGAAAAGCCAAAACAGCUGAAGCACAAGAAGGGAUUAUGGUCACCAGACGAAGAUCAAAGGCUCAGGAACUACAUCCUCAAACAUGGCCAUGGCUGCUGGACCUCUGUUCCUCUCAAUGCCGGAUUGCAAAGGAAUGGAAAGAGUUGCAGACUAAGGUGGAUUAAUUACCUGAGGCCUGGCCUAAAGAGGGGAAUAUUUACUGCACAAGAGGAGGAGAGAGUCCUGAGUCUCCAUGGCAUGUUAGGCAACAAAUGGUCUCAAAUCGCUCAGCAUCUGCCCGGAAGAACAGAUAACGAGAUAAAGAACUACUGGCAUUCUUAUCUGAAAAAGAAAGUGGCCAAAGCAGAACACGCUGACCACCUCCGUAACAAAACCGAAAACACAAGUCCAAGCACUGGAAAUUUCACAGAAUCCUCAAUCUCUUCGCUGAACUCCACAAACCGAAACUCAAGCUUCGAGUCUUUUGAGUUCGCAGACGGAUCAUCAACCGAGGCCAAUCAGGCCAUGGCACAAGGCAACAUGCCAACCCCGAAGGUUUUAUUUGCCGAGUGGCUAGCACUGGAUCAGUUUCAAAGGCAGGGGGGAUUCGGGAAUUCAGUUUCCAAGGAUCCUUCUGAUCACCGCAACCCAAGCAUCCCGGAUUCGUUUCUCAACGGAUUCCUGAACGAUCAGGGUUUGGUUGGCGGCGAGUUUCAGCUGGAAUCAAGCAAUGGUUCCGCUGAGGAAAUGUUCAAUCCGCAAUUCAUCAAGUCAGGAGAUUGGUUUUCCGAAAGCGGGUUCGGUAGUUUUGUGAAUGAGACUGAGGAUGAUAUGUGCAACCAUUUCGAUAUGACCAAUGGCGUAAUGUAUAUAUGAGCUACGUACGAGGUGUUAUUCUUCCAGGAACAAAAAAAAAAAAAAACCUCAAUUUCUCACACUGAAUAAAACUGGACUUCAGAAUCCUACGGUGUAAAAGGUCCUCUUUUAAAUUGUUUUCUUUCAAAAAGAAAUUUGGAGCUUACUGUGUACAGUUGCUUCUGAA